AUGGCUGCUGUGAGCAGCAUGGGGACGCGGCGCGUGCCGGGCGCACUCCCUCGCAACGUGGAGCGCCACUUCACGGUGCCCGGUAUGCUGGAGGAGCGGACCGCCACGCUGCGCAUGACAGAAGGGGGAUCCCUCGAGGGCUUCCAGUCGCGGCUGGGCCUGGCAGACGGGCCGGCUUCUCCGGAGGCGACGGAAUUGGGGGGAUCCCUCAACCGGGGCACGUACAAGACCACGAACUCGGUAUAUGGGGAGACGUGGCGGGCGGGGAGUGGAGGAGCAGCGGAGAUGGCGCCGCAGAGCGGCAAGGAGAACCUGGCUGGCGCCACCAUUGGCCGCCCCAUCACGGGGCGGGACGCCAUCGAGCUCCCCCCCUCCAAGUACCCCCCCCCAACCUCGUUCCCUGCCUUCCCCAACAGCCCCACGAAGGCCCUGUCCGGCCAACUGUCACCGCAGGCCAGCAAUGCGGGCAGGCCCGCGCAGCAGGGGCACACGACGCAGGGCAGCACGGACAAGGCCUCCAAGCGCUACGCACAGCCGCCUGUGCGCGAGUGGGAGGCGGCCCUGGAGCAGACGCUGGACGGGCUGGCGCCGCCGACGCGGUGCAACGGCUACGGCCAGGCACUCUCCAACAGAGCCAAGCUGGCCCAGCCUGCCAUCCGCGGCGCUGGUUCCGCGGCGGAGCCGGCUCCCACCGGCACGUUCCGCGUGAAGAAGAUCGUGGAGGAGGGCUGCAACCCUGGCGCGAGCGUGGAGCACGCCGCGUAUGCGCAGCCGCAGGCGCCACGCGGGGACGGCACCUACCACGGCAGCCACACCGGGUACACCUCCGGUUACGCGCGCAACAACCCGGCACGGAACGUGAUCCCCACCGCUGCCGACGCGGCCGCCCAGAGCGCCGUCACAAUUGAAGACGUGCACCCCUCAGUUGCUGCGCGGCUGCGGUUGCGGGACCCGGUGGAGCACGCGGGGCUGCUGAACGCGGACGAGUACGCCACCACGUACAAGCACACCAUCGACGCCACCGCCAAGAAACUGACACGUGGCGCCCACUGA